AUGGAAGAACCAGAGGAUAACAUGGUCCAAGUCCGCAAAUCCCACAAAGUUGAACAAGUGGUGUCAAAAUGGCUUCGCCUUACACGAGAUAAUUCACAGAGAAGUGAUGUAAGUCCAGCCGAUGGAGCAGCUGCUAACACAAACCAGCCAAGCAGCCCUUUGAAGGUCACAGUGAAGAUUAUCAAAGAUCCACUCCUGGACCACGGUUUUAUGGUCUCAGAAGAUUCACCAGUAUGUGUGAAGUCUGUCACUGCAGGUGGUCCUGGAGAGGGAAAGCUAUUCCCAGGUGACCAGAUUUUACAAAUUAACGACAUGCCUCUGGAUACAAUUUCCCAGGAACAUAUCGAUAACAUUAUUAGGGAAUGUGGUAACACUGUUACAGUGACUGUCCUGCGAAAUACCCCUGGGCCCAAGUCAUCAUUUAUUACUGAAGAAAAGCGAGCCAGAUUGAAAAGCAACCCAGUCAAAGUACACUUCGCUGAGGAAGUGAUCGUCAAUGGCCAAGUACAGGGUAACUCGCUACUCUUCAUGCCCAGUGUUCUCAAGGUGUAUUUGGAAAAUGGACAGACCAAAGCUUUUCGAUUUGAGAAAAAUACAACAGUGAAGGAUAUCAUCCUCACCCUGAAGUCAAAGUUAUCCAUCCGUUGUAUUGAGCAUUUUGCUCUGGUUUUGAAGGAACGAUACACUGUCAACAAGAUCUAUCUCUUACAUGAUGAUGAACUCAUUGAGCAGGUGGUCCAGAAGCAAGAGCCCCGUGAUUAUAGGUGUCUCUUCAGGGUUUGUUUCCUGCCAAGAGAUCCACUUGUACUUUUACAAGAUGAUCCAGUUACUUUUGAAUACCUCUACUCACAGAGUUGCAAUGAUGUGCUGCUGGAGAGGUUUGCGAUGGAGAUGAAAUGCAACACUGCUAUCCGUCUCGCAGCACUGCAAAUUCAGGAAUGCAUCCUCAGCUCCAACCAUUCUGAGAAAGUCUCCAUGAAGUACAUUGAGAUGAAAUGGGGAAUUGAGAAUUUUGUCUCAUCAACUCUACUUGAUAACAUGAAAGAGAAAGAUAUCAGAAAGGCCAUUAACUAUCACCUUAAGAACAAUCAUAGCUUGAUUGCACCAGGACAAAAGCAACUGAUAUCCACGGCACAAGUCCGGCUGAAUUACCUGAACAUACUGAGUGAUCUUCGAGCAUAUGGAGGGAAAACCUUUAACGCAACCCUUCUGCUGCAGGACAGAGAAUCAUUUAUCACAUUGUUGGUCGGAGCCAAAUAUGGUAUCAGCCAAGUUAUUAACAGCAAACUCAAUAUUAUAAACCAGUUAACAGACUUCAACAACAUCCAGAAGUUGGAAUUGACCUUUGAGUGUGAGAAGAUCAGUGUGGUGAACAUCUACCUGAUGGAUGUGAAGUCUCUGACGUUGGUACUGGAAACUCAUCAUGCUAAAGACCUUGUGUGUUUGAUUGCUGGAUAUCAUAGGCUAUAUGUGAACUCAACAGACUCCAUAUUCAUCUGGCCUGGCAACUCUCAAAGUCAGACAACUGAAGAAGGUGACGAAGCCCGAGGAUUAAGUGAUUCAGAGUCAUCAUCAGACAUUGAGUCUAUAGAUAUCCACAAAUUGAGAAAUGGAUUCAUAGGGCCUCUGACUGAAGAAAAUGAGGACAUUGAGAACUCGGAAAGUGAGGCUACAGACAGUGACUGCUUACGGGAGAAUAUCCAGGAAGAGACCAGUUGCAGCACAGGGGAUGUGUCUGAUCUGAAUGACGAAGCAACAAGUCAGGGAGGAGACUUUUGUGAAAGAAGCUGUUCUGCUGACUCUAUGGACGAACUGCAAAUGGAGACUUCAGCUCCACACUCACAUGGUGAAAUUUCUGAAGGUGAUGACAAAGAUUCUAACACUGAAGAGAGUGAUGGUGAGCCAGUUACAAAGAAGCACUGUACCAUGGAAUUGAAAGACAGUUUUGAACAACCUUCAGCAGACUCCUUAGCCUCUACUCCGACCCUUUCUAAAUGCAUUGCACGUUUUACAAAGGUGGUUUGCUCUAUUCCCGACCUCAGCCAAAGUGAGAACCCAUGCACUGCAGAAGUUUGCAACCAGUGCCCCAGAAACGAGGGUGACAGUUAUGCAGAAGGGGACGAGUCUUGGAAUUUGACAAGUCAUGGCCUGCUCACUGAGUUACCACCUGCUAUUGAUGGGGACCUAUCCAGUGAGGUCCUCACUAUCCCGAUUCUGGCUCCUCCCCCUGACUUUCAGGACAGCAGCUCUGAUGAUGAAUUUUUCGAUGCAGCUGAAAAGAUUACUCAUGUGGAAGGUUCAGGUGACAUCAAAUUCAGUGGAACUGAAGCAGAGUUGGAGUCUGCUAAAAUUAAGGGGAUUGAAGCAAAACAAAAUGUGCAGAUAAGUCCAAGUCUUUAUGGCACAGGACUGGACAUCAAAUCUGUUGAAUGCAUCAAAGGUAAACCAGAAGAAAUAAAAUACACAACCACAGGAAAAAGACAUUUUGCAUCUGAUGACGUAUAUGAUGUAAAAGCUGUUCAAUUGCAGCGUCAUUCAAACAAACAUGGAGAUCGUAUGUGUUGUAAUGAAAAGAAACAUGUUAAGACAAAAAUGCAUCGAUGGAAUGCUCUUUCUUCUUUGACAAGUAUUGAAAAUGAACCUGCCUUGUUGGAAACUAAGCCUAUUGGUCCAUUAACAUCCAUUUCCACCUGUGCCAAUAAAAAGGUCCAAUCAGAUUUAAUGGAAAUGGAGCCAGAUACCAUGGAAACAAAGUCAGUCACAGAAACAAUACCAGUCAUUACUCCAGUUUCAGUCAGACGUUACCCAUGUGAUUCAGGCAUGAGAGAGGAAUGUGCUUCUCAUACAGAGACUAAAGCAGGAGAAAAAUUAAACAUUUCUCUUAAAGCUCAGCUGCCUGGAGGUGACUGCACCAAUGUGGAGGAGUGUUCAAGUCCUUCAGGAGUAAUUCUAGAGCUUGCUCAUGCAUACUCACAGAAUCUAACAGAAGAUAAGAUGCAUAAUGUUACCACUGUGUCUUGCACUGAUGAACAACAAACCAUGAACACAAUUAGCAUGAAAGACAUAGGGCAAGGUGAAGCAAUUGUCAAAAACAAUACAGUCCUAGAAAUGGGAGAUGAACAUGCUCAGUGGAUGAACCAGGAUCAAAGUGGAACUGCAUUCAGGCAAACUUUAUAUCAAGUAAACUCCAAGGAAAAUAUGUUCAUCUCUGAAGAAGUGGUUAAAAAUGGUCAAAGAAGAGGAUCAUGUUCCCAAAAUGAUGAUGGCAGUACAACUUCACGGAUGUAUUCUGUGAUGUCUACAGAAGAUCUGACAGCACUGACAGAAAACUCAGUUCUGGAAGAGGAAAUUUCCAGCAGGAGGAACUCAUCUAAGACAGACAAAAAAAGCAAAGAUGCUUACUCCCUUGACAUAUCCAGGUUACGUCUGAAUUUAAACCGAGUCUCCUUUAAGACUUUCGGCAUGGUUAAACAUUUAAAAUCACCACACUUAGAACCAAAGAUUGAAACUUGCGCAGUGAGGUCUCUUAGCAUUUCUGAGUGCAAUACGGAGCCUGCAGAAGACAGCUCGAAAGAUGACUUAUCAAAAACAGAACAGAUCUCUAACCAGACUGAGGCAAGUAUAACUGAGAUCAGUACAUCGAUAAUUUGCCCUCAAGAUAGAAACCUUCCUCAGGAAAUAUCUUCACUGACAAAUACACCAAGGCAGCUUUAUGAAAUAGACAACUCAACCAUUCAGGAAUCUGCAACUGCAACUCAGCAAAAUGAAUGUCCCUCCACCAAACUGAGCUGUCUCCAACAAAUAAAAAAUAAACACAGUUUGAAUGUUGACUCCAGAGUUCAAGCUAUCCUCACAACUGACUUGGAUAAGGAAAUAGAUGAACAGCUCCCAAUGAGUGAUAAGGACACAUGUAGCUGUAAGAUAGUAUAUGGGAAUUGUUUUCGAGCACAGGGUACUGAUGUUAAUGACGAAAGCAAAGAUUUAGCAUAUUCCAUACGGCAGUGUUCACCAAAGACCACCCCACCUGAUUCAGGAAACCACCUCUCUCAAUACCUCACCACAUUUACUGGGCAAAGUGAGAAAUCCAUGCUUACCAGUUGCUCCUUUGAUUUACCUAAAACUGAUCUUACACCAAAGCUUGAAGGUUCCAUUCUGUCACAAUUCAAGGCUAAAAGAUAUAGCAUGCCGAAUGGAUUCCAUCUGAUACGGAACGAUAUCAUGGAGCUACUCAAUCUGCUGAAAGAAUUCCCCAGAGAAAGUCAUAUUGAGGAAGAAUGUGCAAUACUUACUUCAUCAAUAAAGGAGAAAUUAUAUACUGAAAGUGGAAAACUGAUGUCUGCUUGCCAGAAGGGCAUUAAAGUAGACCAGGCUCCUGUGGAGAUGCUCCUGAGAGUUUCUGAAAGUUUCCAGGCCCUCAUACAGCUCACAGCAACAUGUCUCCAGUUCACGACCUGCAUGCAUUGCGCAGAACGUCAUGCUGAAGUGGUCAAUAACUUAAAAGAAGUUUUUUUCACUUAUAAAACCUUUGUGAAAAUCUCUCAGGAUGCAUGCAGCAGGAAGUGUGAUGACUUAAGCAUGAAACUCCUGGCUCAACAGUGUAAUGCACUGACUGCUGAUGUUUUCUGCCUGACGCAGUCAUUCAAAUAA